CUGAGGCAGGGGGAGAAAUGAAGUUGCGCUAAAAGCCUUUUAGCGAUAAAGAAGUUAUUAGGCAUUUCUCAGCCUCAAAUUAGGGCUUCUUCAUUAAUAUCCGCUUCAGACCCAUUACUGGAGAGGGAGUCUGGGACCACAUAAAGGGGAUGGGACGGAAGCAGUAUCUGUCUACCCAUCCGUGUGAGAAGCAAUGAGAGAAGCCAACUUUCCCUCUGCUGAUAUUAAUGGUUUCAAUUAAGGAGGUGGGCUCCUCACCCCGAGAGAGCUUUCUGGACACUGCCGGGUGCAGGGACUGAAGUGGCACGAAGGAAGUAACCUGUACCUGUUACCCACUGAAGGAGCCGAAGGCCAAUCAUUUCGGGCAUCGGAUUGACAGAAGGGGAAAAAAGAGAGGAUUAUGUCUCUUUUCCGAGAAGCUAUGUUUGCAGCAUGGAGUAGAAGAAAAGGACAGAAUACCUUGAUUUGGUUGCUGUAUGGUGCAUGCAUUUAGCUCUCUCCGCAGUUACUGGGAUUCUCUGGGCUGCACUGGACCUUGUCCUAUCCAUUUGCAUUGUUAAUGUUAUUUUUAAGUGAAUAUUUUUUUUAAAUUAUCAUUCCUGGUCUUGAAUCUUCUUUAUACCAUUUAAAGAUUUAGAAGAAUAACUCUCUUGCAUUCAAAAAACAAUGUUUGAUGCUUCUGGAAGAUGAAUUGUAAUUGAAAGUUUCCUCCCCUCUUUGGAUGAAUCUGGGGAGCUUAAAUUGUAAGAAGGAAGGGGGAAAAAAACACAAUGAAAGAGAAGUCCAAAAAUGCUGCCCGGACUAGACGGGAGAAAGAAAACAGUGAAUUUUAUGAACUGGCUAAAUUACUGCCUUUGCCCUCAGCUAUCACCUCUCAGCUGGAUAAAGCUUCAAUAAUCAGACUCACCACCAGCUAUUUAAAAAUGAGGGUGGUUUUUCCUGAAGGACUUGGCGAAGCCUGGGGCCAUACUAGUCGAACCAGCCCUUUGGAUAAUGUUGGACGGGAGCUGGGAUCUCAUCUUUUGCAGACGUUGGAUGGCUUCAUAUUUGUUGUGGCUCCAGACGGCAAGAUCAUGUACAUUUCAGAGACGGCCUCCGUUCAUCUGGGUUUAUCACAGGUAGAGCUGACCGGAAAUAGCAUUUACGAAUACAUCCACCCUGCUGAUCACGAUGAGAUGACCGCGGUGCUCACAGCUCACCAGCCCUACCACUCUCACUUCGUGCAGGAGUACGAGAUCGAGCGCUCCUUUUUCCUACGGAUGAAGUGCGUCUUGGCUAAGAGGAAUGCGGGGCUGACCUGCGGGGGCUACAAGGUCAUUCAUUGCAGCGGCUACCUGAAGAUCCGCCAGUACAGCCUGGACAUGUCCCCCUUCGAUGGCUGCUACCAGAACGUUGGCUUGGUCGCUGUUGGCCACUCGCUACCUCCCAGCGCAGUGACAGAAAUCAAGCUGCACAGCAAUAUGUUCAUGUUCCGGGCCAGCCUGGACAUGAAGCUCAUCUUCCUAGAUUCCAGGGUGGCUGAGCUGACGGGUUACGAGCCGCAGGACCUGAUCGAGAAGACCCUUUACCACCACGUCCAUGGCUGUGACACUUUCCACUUGCGCUGCGCUCACCAUUUGUUGCUCGUGAAAGGGCAGGUGACCACCAAAUACUACCGCUUCCUGGCCAAGCACGGCGGCUGGGUGUGGGUGCAGAGCUAUGCCACCAUCGUGCACAACAGCAGGUCCUCGCGGCCACACUGUAUAGUCAGCGUCAACUACGUCCUCACGGAUACUGAAUAUAAAGGACUACAACUCUCCCUGGAUCAAGUGACAGCAACCAAGCCAUCAUUCUCAUACGCAAAUUCAACUCCAACCAUAACGGACAACAGAAAGGGCAGCAAAUCACGGCUCGCAAGCACAAAGUCAAAAUCAAGGACAUCACCGUAUCCACAGUAUUCUGGAUUUCACACAGAAAGAUCUGAAUCUGACCAUGAGAGCCAAUGGGGUGGAAGUCCACUAACUGAUACUGCCUCUCCACAAUUACUGGAACCUGCUGAAAGACCAAGCUCUCAACACCAUGAUGUCUCCUGUGCCUAUAGACAGUACUCAGACCGCAGCUCUCUCUGCUAUGGUUUUGCACUUGACCAUUCCAGGUUGACUGAUGAUAGACAUUUCCAUACUCAGGCCUGUGAAGGAGGCAGGUGUGAGGCUGGUAGAUAUUUCCUGGGCACACCGCAGCCUGGAAGGGAUACUUGGUGGGGUUCUCGUUCAGCAUUGCCCCUGACAAAAGCUUCCCCUGAAAGCAGAGAAGCAUAUGAAAACAGCAUGCCCCACAUCACUUCAGUUCAUAGAAUACAUGGGAGAGGACACUGGGAUGAGGACAGUGUUGUUAGCUCCCCAGAUCCUGGUUCUGCUAGUGAAUCAGGAGACCGAUACCGUACUGAGCAGUAUCAAAGUAGUCCACAUGAGCCCAGCAAAAUUGAAACUCUAAUAAGAGCUACCCAGCAAAUGAUUAAAGAGGAAGAAAACAGGCUUCAGCUACAGAAAACAACCCCUGAUCAGCUGGGCUCUAUUAACGGAGCAGGGAAAAAGCACUCCAUUUGUUUUGCAAACUACCAGCCACAGCAGUUGACAGGGGAUGUCUGCCGUGUUCCUACGGUUGCCAACACCUCUCCUUGUGAACACAUCCAGCAACGAGAUGGAAAGCUUAUGAGCCCACAUGAAAAUGAUUAUGACAACAGCCCCACAACACUGUCUAGGAUAAGCAGCCCAAAUUCUGACCGCAUUUCUAAAUCUAGUUUGAUACUAGCUAAAGACUACCUGCAUUCAGACAUGUCCCCUCAUCAAGCCACAGGGGACCAUCCAGCAGCUUCUCCAAACUAUUACACCUCACAUAGGCAGUACUUUGACAAGCAUGCUUACACGUUAACUGGAUAUGCUCUGGAGCAUCUAUAUGACAGUGAAACCAUUAGAAACUAUUCCUUGGGCUGUAAUGGAUCACACUUUGAUGUGACUUCUCACUUAAGGAUGCAGCAAGAUCCAGCACAGGGACACAAGGGGACAUCCGUUAUAAUAACCAAUGGAAGCUGAUGUUUUUUCUAAAAUAUUUUGUGCUCUAAAAAAAUCUUUGAAAUAUAAUUGGAAGAUAUAUAAGUUUUAAUGCCCUUGUUGUUACCAGCAUUUGAUAUAUCACACUGCACU